GUACAUGCCCAAUUUCCUUGCACUGAAUACAGCAAUUGUGCAAACGGUUUUUUGAGUUCAACUCGCCAGGAAUUCAAUUCAAUCCAAUGAUGCACACAUUCGAGAACACCUUCAUCCGUGGACCAUCGCCGUCAUAUUCCGACGACGCCAACUCGGAGAACGCGCUCUCUGUGACGCUGCCCAUUGGAGGAGUUGUGCCGGACUUGGACUUUUGUCGCGACGACUCGAAAACGGAUACGGGCGAUUACUUCGAUGAGAAGUACAACAGCGACAGCUGCUCCCGCCUGCAUCCGGGUCACCAGGGACGCAACACGUUCGCCUUCUGGACCAUUGUGGUGUUGCUGCUGGUGCUGACCGUUGGCAAUCUUCUGCUGACGCUCACCAUUGUGGGUGUGCUUCGCCUGGGCAAAGGUGUCCAGGGCAUGGAGGUGAUACCCGAGGUGGAUUUGGUGAAGUUCUACGGUACCACGGACUUGGAGCGCGUGCAGACGAACUCGAUUGGCCAGAUACACGGCUUCUCGGAUGUCCCGGUGACCAUCAGCAGUGAUGCUGGUGACGGCGAGGGCGGCGUCCAUGUGCGCGUCUUCCGCAAUGGCAAUGGAGCAGCCAGCGAACGCGAUAGGAUCGUCCUGAACAGGGAGGGUAUCCUCGUGCAGGCCACGAACUUGUUCGAGGUCAAGGACCCCGUCGACAAGCAGCCGAUUUUCACCACCCAUCGUCCGCAGUAUAACAUUCCGGGCGGAGUGGAGGCGCUGCAGGCCAAAGUGGUUAGUGCCAGCGGCAUCGUCAGUCCCAUCGACGAGUCCCUGGUGCUGGAGAGCGACGGACGCAUGGCCAUCAGGGGAUCCGAGGGCGUCUACUUCGACGGAGCCAGCGUUGACAUGCAGGCCGAGCACCACAUUCUCAUCAACUCCACGCAGGGCGCCACCAUCCUGGAGGCAGGCACGGGUAUCUUUCUGGACAUGGACCGCAUUCCCAUCGUCAGCUCCGAGCUGGGUCUCCGCACGGGCAGUGUGCAGUACAAGAUUUGCGUGUGCAUGCCGCAUGGAACGCUCUUCCGGAUCGCCAUACCCAGGGUACACAACGGACCCAAGAUCACAUGCGCCCACUUCAGCGGCAAGGACGAUCCCUGCGAGAUCAACUAAGUGCGUUUGGAAAUAAAGUGCAGCGUUACGAUUAUCGUAUCCCUAAAAC